CGUCGGGAAGUGUGUUAGCCUGAAACACGGGCGUCAGUGGCAAAAGAUAACCGAGGCAAGGAGCAUGAGGUCAGGCUUCUACUUCACGUUCGCGCUCCUCUGCGUGGGGAGCCUGCUGGCCAUCGUCACCUGGUACAUGUUCCAGGACGACAGGAGUUGGGCUUGGCCCCUUAGUUCCAGUGAAAGGAACUUUGAAUGCUCCAGGAUACCGAAACAUUUUGGACAAUUCCGUGGGAUGGCACUUCAAGUUCAUAUCACGAUGACGUCUCCAAGGCUUUGUGACGGCUGCGAGGAACUGAUUGACGACUUGCUGAAGCGCUACUCUCAAACCUGGAAGCAGAGCGAAGAGAGUUACCAAACAUUUACCUCCAAGCUCAGCAGCUCGUGUCGUGUCGACGAGGCCAUCAUCACGCAGGACAACACCCCCGUGGGUACAAAGAUUUCCUUCGAUGGAGAAAAUUCCGAUACACUCCAGAUCGAACCCGACAUUUUCAGAACAUUUAUCAAGGAGCAUCCGUUCUCCAACCAGAUGUUUGACACGUGCGCCGUGGUCGGCAACGGCGGCAUCCUGAUGGACAGCGGCUGCGGGAAAAUGAUCGACUCGGCUCAGUUUGUGAUAAGGUGCAAUCUGCCGCCUUUGAACGGCGAGUAUGGGAAACACGUGGGCGUCAAGACGGACCUCGUGACGGCCAACCCGAGCAUCCUCGAAAUAAAGUACGGCUCCCUGAUGAACAAUCGGCGAGAGUUUGCGGAAAGUCUUCGAAGCUACGGAAAGUCCUUCAUCCUCCUACCCGCCUUCUCCAUCAGCGACUACACACCGCUCUCCCUGCGGGUGGCCUACACCGUUGAGGACUUUGCCAGCCCGGCACGUCCCGUCUUCUUCAACCCGGACUACCUGCGCAACCUGUCCCAAUUCUGGACGAGACACGGCCUGAAACCACCCCGCCUUAGCACGGGCAUCACGAUGGCCAGCAUGGCGCUGGGGGCGUGCUCCAAGGUGCACCUGUACGGCUUCUGGCCAUUCAACAACCACCCGCACAGACUCUACACGCUCACCAAUCACUACUACGACGACAGGAAGGCCAACACCAAGUUCCACGCCAUGCCGGAAGAGUUUGACAUGCUGCUGAAGCUGCACAAUCAGGGCGUGCUCAGGCUUCACCUGGGAGACUGCCGAAGCGACGAAAAGCCCACACCUGAACAGAGGUGGAGUGAAACGACUGGCGCAUAACCUCCACCAUGCUCUGAGGCCUCGACCGGAUCCUGUGCUGCCACAGACAGAAGAGAAUGUGAGCGGGAGAAGAACUCCUCCUCCGUUGCCACGCAGGAACCCAGCAAAGGAUUCAGCCACAGCAAUCCCAGCAGCACCUCCGGAAUCCUGAACACAAGAUUCUGAUGCAGCAACUCCUCCAUCAUCAUCAUCAAGGCCCUCACCCUGGGUCCUACCUGCAUCUACGACCCACCAGAGAUGCUUCAGUGUCUUUCUCCUCGCCACCGUCACCCAUGAGACAUCCUGGAAAUAUUGAAAACGGAUUCCCCCUACUCAGGAAAUGGCGCGAUCAAGGAUUCUGUCAUCAAAAAAGUAUCGCCCCUCUUUCCCUCCUCAGCCUAUUCAAUUAACCAAAGCCCCACCAGGUUGGCCCUGGCCAGUGGGGGUCGUCGUGGUUUUACCCAAAUGCUUUUUUCCAGGAGCACUAAUUUUUUUGUUUCUCUUCUCACUCCAUGUAAAUAAUCAACUGCAAUACGACAAGACCAACCAAACUUAACAGUUGAUACCGAUACCUGAUUGACCAGUGAUCACUUCCUGUGUUGCUAGAUCACCAGAGAGCGAGUGCCUUUGUUAAUACAACCAACCUUGCUUGACAACUUUCGGUUUCUUCUAACAAAGAAGAGAAAAAAAAAGAAAGCUUUACCGAACAAAUUUUUAAUUGAUCUCAAUUACGUGUCUAUAGCGAUAUAUAUUGAUAUUGUAUUUUACCAAUUCCUAAUAUGGACCAUCUCAGGUUUUGAAAACCUCAGGGAGUGGUCUCCUGCUGGUUCCCAAAGUCAGGACCAAACAUGGUGAGGCUGUGUUUCAGUUCUAUGCUCCUAAAAUAUGCAAUAGUCGUCCAGAAAAUGUGAGACAGCCCUCAACGUUGGCAACGUUCAAAUCCAGCCUGAAAACACUUAACACAGGCCCGCAAACAGGUUUUAUCCGGCCCGCGAGAUGAGUUUUCUACGUAUAAAAAUUAGCCGAAAUUUUUGAAUGAAAGAAACUGCUGUUCUAAAUGUGUCCACUAGAUGUCGCAAUAGCAAUUCUUUGUAUCUUUGUAGAUUAUGCUACAUAUGUAAGAAAAAAAAAAAAACACAUGAUGUUAGUGCACCAGUCGAGGAAAAUGAGCAGACUACAUAAAUAACAUCCUGCAAUUUGAUUUUGAUAUAAUUCUUUUAUCUUGAUGGAUUGAAAAUGAACACCAAUGAGUUGACAUUAUCACAUAAUUUAUCCAGAAAGUAUAAAUAACGACAAAUAAAGAUAGAAUACUAUUAACCGCAACAUAUAAUAGUAAAAAUAAAAGCAACAGCAUUAUGAUUUCUACAUUUUCAGAAUGUGCUUGUUCUAUUUCUAAACAAAGAAAACAAUCUGAAGUUGUCUUUAUUUUUAAGUUAUCGUGCCGUGAUUUUACCAGUCCGGCCCACUUUGGAGUAGAUUUUUCUCCACGUGGCCCCCGAUCUAAAAUUAGUUUGACACCCCUGACUUAACACCUUCGCCCAUUUUUGUCGCCAUUGUAACACAUUUUUCAAUAUACUGAACACCUGACAUGUUAUAAUGGUUUCGCCACAAAUAAUGAAUGGAUCGAAGCAUCUCCCUUUGAAAAAAACCCCAAAAAAUGGUUGUAUUAAACAUGUUCUGUCCAGCCACUCAGGCAAAUCAUAUUGUUGAUGUUGAUGCCCAUAUCUGAUGUACAUAAUUGCUUUAAAAAAGAGAAGUGUGGGAAACUUCUCUUGUUGCCUUAUUUAUUAUUUGACUUUGUUAAAUUAAUUAAUUUAUUGUUUGGCGUAGACCAGGGGUCGGCAACCCAAAAUGUUGAAAGAGCCAUAUUGGACCAAAAAUACAAAAACAAAUCUGUCUGGAGCCGCAAAAAAUUAAAAGCCAUAUUACAUACAGAUGUGUCAUGGAAUUAAGGGGACUUAAAGGAAACUAAAUGACCUCAAAUAUAGCUACAAAUGAGGCAUAAUGAUGCAAUAUGUACAUGUAGCUAGCCUAAAUAGCCUGUUAGCAUCGAUUAGCUUGCAGUCAUGCAGUGACCAAAUAUGUCUGAUUAGCACUCCACACAAGUCAAUAACAUCAACAAAACUCACCUUUCAUGCACAACCUUAAAAAGUUUGGUGGACAAAAUGAGACAGAAAAUUAAGUGCCAUAAAACACGUCCUAGAAAGUCAAAGAAAGUUAUAUAUGUAAACAAACUACGGUGAGUUCAAGGACCGCCAAAAUUAGUAGGACAAAACGGCGCUCGCCAAAUACUCGAAUCAGUGAAGCAUGUUUAAUAUAAACAGUGUGCUUUGUAACAAUUAGGGAGGUUUGUGUCAUGUUUGUCCUCCUACAGAAACCAUAUUAAAACAAAAAUAGAUUUUUUUCCCCUCAUCUUUUUCCAUUUUUCAUACAUUUUUUGAAAAAGCUCCAGAGAGCCACUAGGGCGGCGCUAAAGAGCCGAUGCGGCUCUAGAGCCGCGGGUUGCCGACCCCUGGCGUAGACGGACCGGAGCAGGAAGGGAUAGAAGGAAGGAAAAAAAACAAGACAAAGGUAGAAAUUGUGGGGACAAGAGGGAUGUGUACGACAAAUACGAUAUGUACAAAUAUGAUGUGAAAAAUUAUAGCAAAAAACAGUUACUAAGAUGCAAAGACCUAAAUCAAGAUGACCAUCAUCUUUGAAGUAGUUAAGAGUACCGGGCAGUGCUCGCAAUUUGUUGACGGCACGAUGUGCACCCUGGACUCCAUUGUAAAAAUGUGUAUUUCUACAUUUGUUGUUCUAUUUUAUACUUAAAUUUAGCAUGUUCACAUUGGUUAAUCUUGUGGUUAUGUUACCUAUAAUUUGGCUAUUAUGGCGUCACGUGGACAAUUGUUUUGAUUACAAUGUAAUUGUAAUAUUUGAAUAAUAAUAAAUGAAUGUGUUGUGGCAGUUGUGGAUGUCACCAAUGCGGCAGUCUGAGGAAACACUUGGUUGCUUUUCGAAACACGUCUUUAUGGGUGAACUGCCAACAUGAGAAUGCUAGUAAUUGGUUAAAGUUCAAUGGCUUUGUAAAAACACUGAGACAAAGUCUAAGUUCAUUGUGGUCUUUAUGAUGUUUUUGAAACUGCACCAUUUUUUUCCUCAGAAUUAUCCACUAACAAAGUGUUUUGCCAAGAGGAUUAUUUGUAAUAUUUACAUUUCCAGAAUGUGCUUGUUCUAUUUUUGAGGAAAACAAUUUCGAAGUUGUCUUUAUUUUCGAAUUAUUAUGCCGCGUGGGAACAGAUGUUCCUCCUUGAGGCCCCUGAGCUCAAAUGAGUUUGACACCCCUGCUGUAAACAAAUAUAGAUGAAUAGAUGUUGUAUAGCAGAUUUGAAAGUAGUUGCAGUUUUAGACUUAGACUUAAGACACUAGAUGGCAGCCGUGUACAAGCUAUUGAACACAGAGAGUAGUUUUUGGGGCGACUGGUAAGACUCACACACCGGAAGUGUCAAGAUGUUGCCACACCAACUCUAUUAAAACCAACAAAACUAAGGACAAGUUUCAGUUAUUGAGUUGAUAUAUUAAAAUCCAUCCAUCCAUCCAUUUUCUACCGCUUGUCCCUUUCGGGGUCGCGGGGGGUGCUGGAGCCUAUCUCAGCUGCAUUCGGGCGGAAGGCGCAGUAUCAAAACUUAAUGCUCCAACUUUAUUUUAGCUAUAUGAAGGCCUUUUUUGCAGCCGUUCUCUAUUAAAAAAAGCUAACGUGUGUUUAAUCGUACUCAAACCGAGACAAUAUAUAAAAACCGAAGCAUAUUUUUGGUGAAAAUGUCAGCGUCUGUUUGGGUCAUUACAUUUUUAUUUCAUGAAUGGGAGUAGAAAAACAAAAAGCCAUUGGUUUAUUUGAAUUUCAUUUUGAAAUACAAAAAAAAAACAAUUGAAAAACAAAAAUGUAUUUUUUUUCACUUUCAAAGAGGAAUAACUAGAUUGAAAAAAAAGGUUUGGUUUUCAUUUUAUAGUUCAUAUAACGAAAUAAAAAUCACAAGUCAGCAAAAACAAACAAAAAAAGAACCUUAUCAAAAACA